AUGGAAGCCAGGGGCACGGGCAGGGCUCGGGGUUACCUGGGAACCGCGGCCGCAGCGCCCGCGGCGCUGCUGUUCCAGCUUCAGUUGCGUGGAGACCGCGAUCCUCGCCUUUUAUAUGGCUUCUUUUAUACCCUGCUCUGUGUGGCCCAGCAGCUCUUGAGCAGCUCAGAGCAGAGGUGGCUGAGCUACUGUUUCCCCAGUGUGGCCUGGGCAGACGUGCUCACCCAGAGUCUGUCCUUCACUGGGGAUCAGAAGCUGGUGUUUCAGAACUUCGUGGCUCAUGAAGUCUCUGAAAUGGAACUGUCUCUCACAAAUGAGAGCAAGUGUGUUCAGCUGGUGCAGGUCUCCAUGCAGAGCUCACCUUGUUUCAGGCUGGUGUGCCCCAACGAGGCGUACCGUGCUGUGCCGCGAGGUGCGACUGCCCGUGUGCGCAUUCAGUUCACCCCCAACGAGAGCAAGGAUUAUUCCCAUGAGCUUGUCUGCAUGACUAAAACAGAAAGGAUAGUUGUGCCAAUCCGGGCCAUUGCUGCCCGAGCUAUCCUGAACAUCCCAGACCAGCUGAACUUCUCGGAGUGUCCAGUCAAGAGCAGCACCAAGAGGACUCUGCUGCUUCGAAACACUGGCAGCCUGGAGGCUCAUUACUACAUCAGCACCCAGAGUCCUUUCUCCGUGGUUCCGGCCAUGGGAGCUCUGGGUGCUGGUGACAGCGUGCAGGUGACAGUGGGAUUUCACCCACUGACCACUGGUGCCCAUUUUGGGUCCAUGGUAGUGAGCUACAACACAGGUGAAGAAAUGAUCCACACAAACCUUCAGGGAGAAGCUGUAGAUGUCAGCAUCGGGUUGAGGACGUAUUCCGUGGAGCUGAAGAAGACUUUCAUCACCACGUCAAGCCACACAACCAUGUUCAUCGAGAACAGGAGUAACAUCAGAGCCCAGUUCCAGUGGAAGACUUUUCCUAGUGAGGAAGAUGAGAAUGAAGAGAAGAGGAGGCAGUGUUACCUGCUGCGAUCACCGAGAGAGGCCUGCGUGGACAACACGACGGAAGAGAGAAGAAGAGCGAAGAAGAAGGGUUCCUGUGAAGAUCGCCGCGCCAUCCUGAAGAGCAGCGUCCGGGAGAAGAUGAUGAAGCUGAAAGAAGACCCCAUGCUAUUCUCCAGUGAUGCUUUUUCCCUUGAGCCACUGGAGGGAGAGAUCGAGCCAAACAGUUCAGUCCAAAUCAAGGUGACCUUUAAACCCCUAAAGGCCCGAGAGUAUCGAAGUGUGGCCUACUGCAACAUCUCAGGCCGUGGGAGCAGGCUGCCCCUGCACCUCAGAGGGGAAGGCCAAGGACCCGUGGUUGAAUUCAGCCGUCAAAUGCUGAAACUUGGGAACAUUUCUGUCAACACCUCCCACGUCUAUGAGGUGAAACUGAUGAACCGAGGAGCUAUAGAUGCUCCCUUCACCUAUAUCCCUUCAGCCACAAACGUGGGCUGCUGCUUCAAGUUUGCACCCGAGGAGGGCGUCAUUGCAGCAGGUGGGAUCCGGACGAUUCACAUCUCCUUCAAUGCCACCGUCCUGGGGAGCUUUGAGGAACAAUUCCAGUUCCGUGUGGCUGCAUCUCCUACGCCUGUGACCCUGACAGUCUGGGGCUGUGUCACUGGACCUGCUUUACACUUCGACCUCCAUGAGCUCCACUUCGGUGACAUCUCCUUUGGCUUUCCCCGCACCAUGACCUGUCGCCUCACUAACACCUCCCCGGUGGCCGUGACAUUCAAGCUCCGCAUGUCGGACGAUGGCACGCAGCCUGCUGUCAGUAGCUUGGAUCAGAUAUGCAAGGACAGUGACCCAUCCUGGAGGAAGGGAAUUCAUUUCUAUGUGGAGCCAAGGGAGUUUACAAUGAAUCCCAGCCGAGGGACCAUCCUGCCCCAGGGACACCAGGAUAUCGAGGUGACCCUGUGCUCCAACACGGUGAUGGAAUACUACCGGAAAAUGCUGGUGGACCUGGUGGGCCUGGAGGGUGUUGGCAAGGAAGUGGCAUCACUGAUCAUCACAGCCAGAUGUCUGGUUCCUGAGCUGCAAGUGUACCCCCAAAUCAUGCGCUGCAAUCAGUGCCUCCUGAAGGAGCCAUACGAGAAGAAGUUCAUCAUCACCAAUAAAACUGACCUUCCUGGCUGCUACGGGCUUAUUCCCCAGAAACGCAAGGAGGACUCUCCUGUGUUGUACUCCAGCCCCAAACCCUGUGGCAUUGUCCAGCCUCACAGCACUGCAGAGAUUCCGGUUACAAUCGAGGUGCAAACAUUGGGCGAUCAUCGCACCAAUGUUCUGAUCGGCGUGUUUGGGGAUGAAAGAAACCCACUGAGAGCAGAACUCCUGAGCUCUGGAGAGCUGGCAGAAAUCUAUGGAACUCCAAAGAAGAUAGACUUUGGCAUGAUCCCACCGCUACAGCCGAGCUCACAAACUCUUACCCUCUUCAACAAAGGUCUUGUCCCUGUAGACUUCAGGAUAAAGAUUGCUGAAAAACCCCAGUGCUUUGUUCUUGAAACAGAAGAAGGAGUGAUCCCCGCUAGGGGUGAGGUUCCUGUGACUGUCACAGCCAUCCUGGAUGACACUGGGCAUUUUGCUGACUCCAUCCAGCUCUUCAUUGGGAACAGCUUUUGCUUCAGCUUCUUACUGAGGGCUAUGGGCACUGGCACCACAAUUGUCACAGACAAACCACUGGCCCCAGAGCUCAACUUGGGAUACCAAUUCAGCCACCUUCCCAGUACUCAUCAGUUCCAAGUAACAAACAGGGGCCACCAUUUCCAUCGGCUCUUCUGGAGCGUGGAAUGCUGGAGGCCACCCAAGAAGAAGGGCCAGAGCGUCUCAGCCCUCAGCAGCCCGAAGGCCGAAGAUGAUUUGGAGCCCCCCGGUCGUACAAGCGCCGUGUUCGGGCUGGAGCCAGGCUCAUGGGAGCUGCAGCCAGGCGAGUCUGUGGACAUGGUGCUGCGAGGCUUCUCCCACACCCCACAGGAGGUGCGGGAUUACAUGAAGUGUGAAGCUGUGGUUGGCACAAGCAUGGUGACAAAGAAGAUAAUAGAGACGAUCAUUAGCUGCAAGUUCAUAGAUCCCUCUAUAGAAGUAUCAGCCAGAAAACUCUCUUUCCGGGUGGAGAAGAAACCCAGUGAUGUCCUAACUCUGCAGUACCAGCCUUUGGCUUUAAAAAACACCUGCUCCCUGCCGCUCCACCUCGUGCUGGACGUGGAGCAGCCGUUUCUGGUCUGUGAUGAGGAGCAGCAGCCCCUCCCAGAUGGCCAGCCUGUGACAGUGGGUGUAGAGGAGACCUGCCAUGUCUACAUCGCAUUUGACCCAGCUUACAAACUGGAGCUUAACAGCUGGCAAGAAAAGAAGAUUCUGAAGAUAGACAUGGUUAGGGACCAUCCUAAUGUGGAGCAUAUCGAGCUUUGGGGAGAAGUCCACUUCCCCAAUCUCCAAAUCCAGCCCAGCAGCCUGGAGUUUGGCUGCAUCGUGGCUGGCACGGAAGCAGUGCGCUCUCUGAGGAUGAGCAACUGCAGCCCCCUUCCUGUGGAGUACCACUGGUCAUUCCAGGCAGACAGCCAGGUGCACAAGUUCAGGCAUUACAUCCCAGUGGGGCUGGCAGGAUUCAGUCACUCCGUGGAUGUACCAUGGACUCCCCUCAAAGUGGAGAAGGCUUUCAGUAUCCUGCCGCUGUCGGGUGUGCUGCAGCCGGGAGAGAGACAGCAGGUCUCCUUCACCUUCACUGGCCACCUCAACACCAUGGCCCAUGUCACAGCGCUGUGCCACGUGGAGGGAGGCCCCACCUACGAGGUGAAGCUGAGCGGGGAGGCCUCACGUGUCAGCUACUCCCUGAGCGCCCGGGAGAUCAACUGCGGCUCCCAGAUGUUUAACGAAGUUCAUCACAGCACGGUCAUCCUGGCGAACACCAGCAAGAUUAAAUUCAACUGGGUGCUAGAACCCAGCACUGCAGACCAAGACCUGCCUGGUGUGUUUCUGGUCAAGCCCACCACUGGCUCCAUUGCAUGUGGCAGGAAGCAAGUGCUGAGAUUCUCUUACAUGCCAGGAGUACCAGGAGCCUUUAGCAGGACAUACCAGCUUAAAGUGGGUGACCUGGAGCCGGAAAAGAUCUGCCUGAAAGGAGAAGCGUCCUUUCCUAUGAUCAGUGUGAACCUGCCCUGGAACAUCAAAGGAAAUGAGAAAUGUGGAAAGCCACUACGGCUUGCAGAACACACGCAGCAAUACAGUGAGACCCUGAAAAUUCAGAUCCCAGCAGCUCAGCCCUUAAAAAGUCCAGAUGUGAAGACUGGAAAGCUGAAGCCGUGCAUGCUGGAAGGCUCUGACAUUGUAGCAAACACUCGGCUGCAGAUAAAGAUGAUCGAGAAGGCUGCUCUGGAGCUGCAGAAAAAGCUCACAUCCCAUCCCCCAAAGACCGAGUUCCCUGACAAAAAGCUGUGCCAGAGCCUUGUCAAAGUUGAGCUGCCAGAGUAUGUCCUGGACAUGGGCACUGUCCUGAAGGGUUUCACUGAGAGACGCACCCUGGAGAUCACCAACCCUGGGCAGAUCCCAGUGUCCUUCUGGGUCGAUGCAUCUGUCCUGCAGGACACAGGUUUCAGCGUGGACCUGGGCCAGAUGAAGAGUCUGCCCCACAUGCACACCCUGAGGUUUGAUGUGCAUUUUGAAAGUGCCCAGCAACCACAGGGUGACGUGGAUGUGCUGCUGCCCAUACAGGUAACAAAAGGCCCCACGUCUCACAUCCGCCUCCGUGCCACUGUCUUGGAACUGUCGCUCGACCUCUCCCAGAACACACUGCACUUCCCCAAUGUCCUCGUUGGGCAGUGCCAGGUUGAGACAGUCCAGCUCUACAACGGGUUCCAAGUGCCCUGCAAAUGGUUCAUCACUGCCAUCAAGCCUGUUACGAAGGUAAAGCACAGACUGAGGAGACCUCACACCAUUGGUUUCUGUGUCCAGAGCAAUCAACUCAGAUACCUGACACGAGCCCAGGGUCAGAAGCAGCAGGCACUGGAGGAAGGGCGCUGUCCCUUUGAAGUGACGCCCUCCAAAGGAACCCUUGAUGCAGGAGCGUGGCAGAACUUGCAAAUCCAGUUUGCACCCAAGGAGGAGAGGUCUUACAAGUGUGAGCUGAAGCUUAACAUUCCUGGGAGCAGCAAUCACUUAAGGCUGCACCUCUCGGGGCAAGGUCUGGAGCCACGGCUGGAGUUCAGUCCCCCAGCACUAAAGAUGGGAUGGGUGCUGGUGGACAGCGAUGGGGUGGAGGCCACAGUGGUGGUGAAGAACCCAUGCAAAUUCCCCAUCGAGUUUUACUGCCUGGAUUUGGAUGAGCAGUACCUUGAGGAGGAGAAGGCCAGGACCCCAGAUGAGAAGGGCAGUUCUGCUGAGGGCCAGCCAAAGACAGGUAAAGCAGUGAGCAGAGACAAGUCUCCAAAGGGGAACCAAAUAUCUACAGAGAGAACAGAAAGUCCCUGGGAAUCCUCCAGCACAAGAUCCAAAAGUACACUGGAAAGUGCCUCCAUCCCCACAGAAUUCCUCAGGCUGAAACGGUACCGGUGGACAGUGCCUGCCCUGGGUGAGGUGGAACUGCAGGUCCACUUCUCCACCAAAAAGCCAGGGAAGUUUGAGCAGACGCUGAGGUUUGAGCUGGUGGGGACAAAGCGGCAGUACGAGCUGCCCUGCAGUGGCACCGGCCUGUACCCCAGCAUCAGCCAGAACCCACGGCUGGUGUUUCCGCAGUGGAGGAAGACCAUGAAGGAAGGUGAAAUCAUCUUCAAGGAAUAUGUUGAGAGCACCAAGCAAUUCCACUUUGGACCGCUGCUGUGUGGGAAAUCAAGAGAGUGGUACAAGGCUCAGAACUGUCCUGGCAACUCGGAGAAUAUAACCAUCCUCAACAACUCCCCCAUGGACGUAGAGGUCCAGUUCUUCUUUGAGGAUGAUGAGAAAGCAGAGACCUUCCUUCUGGACCCUCCCAGCAUGACCCUGAAACCAAAGAAGAAGCAGGAGCUGACCAUUUGGGCAUACCCCACUUCCCCUGGCUUCCUGGAAGACAAACUCAUCUGCUGCAUUGACAAGAAUCCAGAGCCAGUGGUCUUCAGCCUGUGCUGCCAUGGGGUGCACGUGAAGCUGGAGGUCAGCCCCCUGGAGCUGUCUUUUGGCAAGCUGCUUCUGCACAGGACUGACAGCAGGACCUUGGUCCUGAAAAACAACACCCUACUGCCCAUGGCCUGGCAGCUCAGUGGGCUGGAUGACCUUGUUGAGGACUUCUCACUGUCACAAGAUAACGGCACCAUUGAUCCCCACUCAGAGAUUGAAGUGACAGUGAAUUUCAAGGCCCAGCAGAUUGGCACCAUUGAGAAGAGCCUUCGACUCGAGGUUUCAGAUACAGAAAACAUCCUGGGGAUUGUUCAGGUUGAAAACAUCAAACUGUCUGCAGAGGUGUAUGAUGUUCUCCUGAGCAUGGUCCUGCCUGAAGAUGAAACCUUGGAUUUUGGAACCAUCAAUGUCCAGGAUAAUGUGAAGAACAUCCUGACUCUAACGAACAAAGGGAUGUACAACAUCGAGUACAGAUUGAUGCUGAAGGGUGCAGGUCCCAGGAUGCGAGACUUGGCGUCCCACUUCACUGUCAAGCCUCAGUCGGGCAAGCUGAUCGCCUCCCAGCCUGGUGUGAAUAUUGAGAUAUUCUUCCACCCCACAAGGGAAAUCCUCCUCAAGAACAGCCCCAUCCUGUACUGCCAGGUGAUAGAUGCCAUCUCAGGGGAAGGAGGCCAGACUGUCGCCAGCAUCCCAGUGAGGGUGUCGGCAAGAGCUGCCUACAGCAAGUUCAGUAUUGAGCCUGCCUCACCCAUCAGUUUCGGUGCCAUGAUGAAGGGCAGCAAGAAGAGCCAGACUGUCGUGCUGGAGAACACAGGCGUGAUCAGCUUCAAAUUCCACAUCUACCGAGCAACCGAGGAUGAAUCUCCUUUGGAAAGCAAAAGUUCAAAGCAAGGGGAGUCUGUUCCAUCAGCUAGAAAGCGCUCAGCGGGAAGGAAAUCAAGCUUGACACAGCCUCUCCUGGAACUUCUUCUGCAGGGUCAGCUCAAUGUGGGCAUGUUCACGGUGUCCCCGUGCUCCGGCUCCAUCGCUCCGUGGGGCCAGCAGCAGAUCACGGUGGAGUGCCUCGCAGGGCAGGAGGGGACUUGUGAGGAGCAGCUCUACAUUGACAUCGUGGGCAGAGACCCCAGGGACAAUCCCCUCGGCAUUCCCUUUACCCUGACUGCCGAGUCCUGCCUGCCAGCAUUUGCUGAGGAUGCCAUGUUAAUCUUUGAAGAGUACCCGAUCUGCAGCAGCACUGACCUCAGCCACAAGCUGCUCUCUGUGCACGGUGUGGGCCUGUUUGUGAGAGAUGAGAACAAGUUCAUCUUCAACAAGAUUCUGGUUGGGCAAGAGGCUGAAGCCCAUUUCAACAUCUACAACACAACUGGUCUGCCGUGUGACGUGGUCCUCUCCAUCAACCCCCUGCCUGGACAGGAAAAAGGCCCUAUCACCGUUUUCAAGUUGCAUCCUGUCCAGAUGUCCAUUCCUGGCUCAUCCCACGCUGUUGCUACAGUGACCUUCACCCCACCAGACGAGCAGAACUACGACUGCACUUUUAAGGCUUCCCUUGUCAUCCCCAAACGCUCUGUGAAAAUCAAGCCCCAAACCCUGAGCUUCACCAUCAGUGGGAGGGGGCACGAGCCGCAGGUGACAGUCGUGUGCCCAAGAGCUCGCAGCAAGAGAGGAAAUGCCGUGCUGCGCUUCCAGAGGCUCCAGCUGGGGGAUUUAGAGAUGCUCCCCCUGGUCGUCCGUAACAAUGGCAUCGUACCUGUCAAGUUUAUGUUACACCUGGAGGAUGAGCAUGGAGCAUUCUUCUUGAAAGGCAGGCGCUCCACACUGGAGAGAUUCCACACUGAAGAUGUGGGAGAGGACUCUGUUGGAAAUGAGAACAAGCCCCCAAAGAAGCCUCUCCUGCUUCUGCAUCGUGGGCAAUCGGCAGAGUUUGAUGUCAUUUUCAAUCCCACCCUGGCUCGACGUGUGGAAGGGAAGAUCCGUGUUUUAGUGGAGGACACCUACUCUGACAAGACCCUGAUAGAGCUGGUGGGUGAAGGCCACAAGGAUGAAUUCACCCUCAACUGUCUAGAGGAAGACCCACAGUUGAGGAAUGAUAAGAGCAGCUGGAACAAAGACAUCAUUGAUGCUGUCAGACUGAACCACAUCCAGUUUGGGGACUGUCCUGUUGGGAAGCCCUGCCACAGGACCUUCACCAUCACCAACCACACUGGCAUGACGUUCAUGCGCUUCGAGUGGGAGGCAGACGUCCCAUUCCAGUUCUGCCCCAGGGUGGGACAUCUCCACCCUGGCUGCACCAAGGCCAUCACAGUGACCUUGAAAUCAGAUGUCCCAGCCACCUUCAGGAGACACCUUGUGAAAUGUAAGGUGACCAAGAUCAAGUUUGAGCUGCCACCAUGGAAGGUUCCAGACUGGGACGACGAAAUGUGCAUUGUCGUGUGGAACGACAUCACCGGGAAGGACCCAGCAGCCCAAUGGCCUGAAAAAGAGAAGACAGUGGAGACAGUCCCGGAACCGGCUCACACUGUGCUGAAGAAGAGCGGCCAGGAGGCCGAGCUGUACCUCAGUGCCUUGGUUGCCUACGCCCAGUUCAAACUGGACACAGUCGUGGUUCAGCUCAAGGACACCUGGCCCUUCCAGACAAGGACAGCCACUUUCAGGAUGCACAACACAGGGAAGGUGGCCCUGGAAUACUUCUGGGAGGAAGCUGCACCUGCAGAUAGUGAAGCAGUGAGGAUGCCAUAUUCAACCACUCUGAUGAGUCGGCUCAGCUCUGCUCCUGUUGUAAGGCAGCGCAGAAAGCUGGUGCUUCGUUUCCGGAGGGAGCAGGACCAUCCUUUUGAGACGCAUCCUUCUGAGCUGCGGCGCCUACAGUGGCUUGCCAAGGAGCAGCAAGAUUCCGAGCAGGAACAGCUGCAGGAUUCCGAGCAGGAACAGCCAGAUUCUGACCAGGAGCAGCUUUCUGAGGAAGAGCAGCUGGAUGCCAAGCAGAAGCAGCGUUCCAAGAAGCGGUGCCGCUCCAAGGAACGGAGUCUCUCCCCGCAGCGUGCCACUUCCUCCCUGGAAGUCCUCCCAGAUGUCACCCAUGACCAGUCACUGUUCUCCAUCAACCCCAACUUCGGCACCAUCACUCCUGGCCAGAAGAAGACCUUUCAUGUGCUGUUCUCCCCAAAGGAUGUGGGGAACUUUGAGACCACCAUGCUGUGCAGCAUUCCUAACCUGGAGCAGACUCACAGGACGGUGCAGGUGGUUCUGAAAGGCAGAGCCCGGGAGUGGAAGCGUUUUGGAAAACCAAAAUGCUCUGCCUUACAGCAGACAGACGAAGGCCAGAGACACAAGAAGCAGCUGCACUGGCAACCAACACCAGAGUGA